AUGGAGCCGCCCGAGCGCCUGCGGGGACGCGCGCCGCCGCCUCUGUUGCUGCCGCUGGCUCUGCUCGCGCUGCUGGGAGGCGGCGGCGGGGCCGCGGCGCUGCCUCUGGGCUGCAAGCACGACGGGCGGCCCCGAGGGGCCGGCAGGGCGGCGGGCGCCGCCGAGGGCAAGGUGGUGUGCAGCAGCCUGGAGCUCGCGCAGGUCCUGCCCCCGGACACGCUGCCCAACCGCACGGUCACCCUGAUUCUGAGUAACAAUAAAAUAUCCGAGCUGAAGAAUGGCUCAUUUUCUGGGUUAAGUCUCCUUGAAAGAUUGGACCUCCGAAACAAUCUUAUUAGUAGUAUAGAUCCAGGUGCCUUUUGGGGACUGUCAUCGCUAAAACGAUUGGAUCUGACAAACAAUCGAAUAGGGUGUCUGAAUGCAGACAUAUUCCGAGGACUCACCAAUCUGGUUAGGCUGAACCUUUCAGGGAAUUUGUUUUCAUCAUUAUCUCAAGGAACUUUUGAUUAUCUUGGCUCAUUACGAUCUUUAGAAUUUCAGACUGAGUAUCUGCUGUGUGAUUGUAACAUACUGUGGAUGCAUCGCUGGGUAAAGGAGAGAAACAUCACGGUACGGGACACACGGUGUGUUUAUCCUAAGUCUCUUCAGGCCCAGCCAGUCACAGGUGUGAAGCAGGAGUUGUUGACGUGCGAUCCUCCCCUUGAAUUACCAUCAUUCUACAUGACUCCAUCUCAUCGUCAAGUUGUGUUUGAAGGAGACAGCCUUCCUUUCCAGUGUAUGGCUUCAUAUAUUGAUCAAGACAUGCAAGUGUUAUGGUAUCAGGAUGGGCGAAUAGUCGAAACUGAUGAAUCCCAAGGUAUCUUUGUUGAAAAGAACAUGAUUCACAACUGCUCGUUGAUUGCAAGUGCCCUAACCAUUUCUAAUAUUCAGGCUGGAUCGACUGGAAAUUGGGGCUGCCAUGUCCAGUCCAAACGUGGGAACAAUACGAGAACCGUCGAUAUUGUGGUCUUAGAAAGCUCUGCACAGUACUGUCCUCCCGAGAGGGUGGUAAACAAUAAAGGGGAUUUCAGGUGGCCCAGAACGCUGGCAGGCAUUACCGCACAUCUGCAGUGUACUCGGAAUACCCACAGCGGUGGGAUCUAUCCCGGAAACGCCCAGGAUGAGAGAAAGGCCUGGCGCAGAUGUGAUCGAGGUGGCUUUUGGGCGGAUGAUGAUUAUUCUCGCUGCCAGUAUGCAAAUGAUGUCACUAGAGUUCUUUAUAUGUUUAAUCAGAUGCCCCUCAACCUUACCAACACUGUGGCCACAGCCCGACAAUUAUUGGCUUACACUGUGGAAGCAGCCAACUUUUCUGACAAGAUGGAUGUUAUAUUUGUGGCUGAAAUGAUAGAGAAAUUUGGAAGAUUUACUAAAGAGGAAAAAUCAAAAGAGCUCGGUGAUGUGAUGGUUGACAUUGCAAGUAACAUCAUGUUGGCUGACGAUCGUGUCCUGGGGCUGGCGCAGAGGGAAGCUAAAGCCUGCAGUAGGAUCGUUCAGUGUCUACAGCGCAUCGCCACGUACCGGCUAGCAAACGGAGCUCAUGUUUAUUCAACAUAUUCACCCAAUAUUGCUCUGGAGGCUUAUGUCAUCAAGGCUGCUGGCUUCACUGGGAUGACAUGUACCGUGUUCCAGAAAGUGGCAGCUACUGACCGGACAGGCUUUUCUGACUAUGGGAGGCGGGAUCCGGAUGGAAACCUGGAUAAACAGCUGAGCUUUAAGUGCAACGUUUCAAAUACGUUUUCAAGUCUGGCUCUGAAGCCUCCAGAUAACGAACGACCUGCCACGCUGUGGCAGUACAGGCAGACCUCGGAGAUAUUGCAGAAUACUAUUGUAGAGGCUUCUAUUCAGCUUCCUCCUUCCCUUUUCUCACCAAAGCAAAAAAGAGAAGUCAGACCAAGUGAUGACUCUCUCUAUAAGCUUCAACUCAUCGCAUUCCGCAAUGGAAAGCUUUUUCCAGCCACCGGGAAUUCGACGAAUUUGGCCGAUGAUGGAAAACGGCGUACAGUGGUUACCCCAGUGAUUCUCACCAAAAUAGAUGGUGUGAACAUCGAUACCCACCACAUCCCUGUUAAUGUGACACUGCGUCGAAUUGCGCACGGAGCAGAUCCUGUGGCCGCCCAGUGGGAUUUUGAUUUGCUGAACGGACAAGGAGGCUGGACGUCAGAUGGGUGCCGUAUACUCUGCUCAGAUGAAAAUAUCACCACCAUUCAGUGCUACUCCCUUAGUAACUAUGCGGUUUUAAUGGAUUUGACGGGAUCUGAACUCUAUACCCAGGCAGCCAAUCUCUUGCACCCUGUGGUCUAUACCACGGCUGUCAUUCUUCUCUUCUGCCUCUUAGUGGUCAUCGUCAGUUACAUAUACCAUCACAGUUUGAUUAGAAUCAGUCUCAAAGGCUGGCACAUGCUUGUGAACUUAUGCUUUCAUAUUUUUCUGACAUGUGUGAUCUUUGUGGGAGGAGUAACUCAAACCAGAAAUGCCAGCGUCUGCCAAGCAGUUGGAAUAAUUCUUCAUUAUUCCACCCUUGCUACAGUUCUCUGGGUGGGAGUGACAGCUCGAAAUAUCUACAAACAAGUCACUAGAAAAGCUAAAAGAUACCAGGAUCCUGAUGAGCUGCCACCUCCACCAAGACCAAUGCUCAGGUUUUACCUGAUCGGUGGCGGUAUACCCGUGAUAGUUUGUGGCAUAACAGCGGCGGCAAACAUCAAGAAUUACGGUAGUCGGCCAAAUGCGCCCUACUGCUGGAUGGCAUGGGAACCCUCCUUGGGAGCCUUCUACGGGCCUGCCAGCUUCAUCACUUUUGUAAACUGUAUGUACUUUCUAAGCAUAUUUAUUCAGUUGAAAAGACAUCCUGAGCGCAAAUACGAGCUGAAGGAACCCAGUGAGGAGCAGCAGAGGCUGGCAGCCAAUGAAAAUGGCGAAGUAAAUCAUCAGGAUUCCCUGUCUGUCUCCCUCAUCUCGACAUCAGCCCUGGAAAAUGAGCAUACUUUCCACUCUCAGCUUUUGGGAGCCAGCCUUACCUUGCUCUUAUAUGUCGCUUUGUGGAUGUUUGGGGCCUUGGCUGUUUCUUUGUAUUACCCUUUAGACUUGGUUUUCAGCUUCUUUUUCGGAGCCACGUGUUUGAGCCUCAGUGCAUUCAUCGUGGUUCACCAUUGUGUCAACAGGGAGGACGUCCGGCUCGCAUGGAUCAUGACUUGCUGCCCGGGCCGGAGCGCGUACUCGGUCCAGGUCAACGUGCAGCCCCCCAGCUCCAGUGGGCCGAGCGGGGAGGCCCCCAAGUGCACCAACAGCAGCACAGAAUCUUCAUGCACAAACAAGAGUGCCUCAAGCUUCAAAAACUCCUCCCAGGGCUGCAAAUUAACAAACUUGCAGGCUGCUGCAGCUCAGUGCCAUACCAACUCUCUACCUUUGAACGCCACGCCUCAGCUUGACAAUAGUCUGACGGAGCAUUCGAUGGACAAUGAUAUUAAAAUGCAUGUGGCGCCUUUAGAAGUUCCGUUUCGAACAAACGUACACCCAAGCCGCCAUCAUAAAAACAGAAGUAAAGGGCACCGGGCCAGCAGACUCACAGUCCUAAGAGAAUAUGCGUAUGACGUCCCCACGAGCGUGGAAGGCAGCGUGCAGAAUGGCCUGUCGAAAAGCCGGCCGGGCAGUAAUGAAGGACACUCUCGGAGUCGAAGGGCUUACUUAGCCUACAGAGAGAGACAGUACAACCCGCCUCAACAAGAUAGCAGUGAUGCUUGUAGCACACUUCCCAAAAGCAGCAGGAAUUUUGAAAAGCCUGUUUCAACUAGUAGUAAAAAAGAUGCAUUAAGGAAGCCAACUGUAGUUGAACUUGAAAGUCAGCAGAAGUCUUACGGCCUCAACUUAGCCAUUCAGAACGGACCAAUCAAAAGCACUGGGCAGGAUGGACCCUUGCUGGGUAUGGAUAGCACUGGCAAUGUGAGGACUGGAUUAUGGAAACACGAAACUACUGUGUAGCAUUGGUGGGCUUCCUGGGCAGAAAUCCACAUAAACUGUGAUACUCAAAUUCCUUUAAGCUAUGAACAUGUAAAAACCGACUGUUUACAGCCACCUUAGGGAUUCAAAAGAAUUUUGAAUAAACUUCUAAGUUUUGUAUUUUAUGUAUUUUAUAUCCCCCACGUGUUGCUUUUUUAUGAAUUUUGAAAAAAAAAAAAAAACCCUCUUAAAAAAAAACAACCCUCUAAAAGCCCUCUGGUGGCUUGUUUUAGUUGUCAGAGCACCAGCAGGACAUUUUGAGAAUCUGAAAUGUAAUUUUCUUGGGAUCUGUAAUAUCUACUUAACAUUUCAGGCUUGUAUGUAAUACAAUAAAUAGGUGUUUGUCAUUG